AUGUUCGCCACUACUGCGCGCCGCGCCCUCACCGGCCUCGUCCCCCCCAAGAUCGCCACCCCUGGCGCCAUCUCGUCGGGCACCACUUCGGCUCGCACCCAGGCCGUCAUCGACUUCUACUCCAAGCUUCCCAAGGGUCCCCUCCCUGCUUCGGAGCGCGCCACCGGCCUCCGCGGCAAGUACUUUGAGGGCGCCAACGCCUCGGGCAAGCCUCUCCUCGCCACCGUCUUCAUCCUUUUCGGAAUUGGCUACACAAUCGACUACCAGAUGCACCUCAAGCACCACAAGAACGCUCACCACUAA